GUACACUAUCCAAGGUAGUGUAAUCGCUUCAAUUUCUUCUGGUAUCACAGUACGACUCCAAAACCUCUUGAAAAUCGUAUCCAAACGCGGUCCUCGUCUCUGUAUACAAAACUAAGAUGACUCUAAUGUAUUACUAAUGGUGCAUUUAUUUGGAUUUAGCAGGUUAAUCAAAAUUUAAAAUAAGAUUACUUCUUAAACUAACCGUUUACAUUUAGCAUCACGCAUCUUCCCUGCACUGAACCUUCGGCGUCUGCGUUGCGUUCAUGCAGGCCCUGCGUAAUACGUCACCACAGACACCAGCAGCGAAUCCCUACCCAGAAUUGCGCAGCAGAGUUGCGCAGACAGACUCGGUCAAGAACGCAGCCAUUAUUCAGACCACAACAGACAAAUUAAUCAACGGUUUAUUGAACAAAGGAUCAACAAUACAUCAAGGGGAGCGGAAACAAGCACCUGUUCGCGAAUAAAGCUGCGUUGCAAUUUGAAUUAUGACAGUGGACAGAAAAUAAGAUCGAGCGCACAGGCAAAAUAAAAAGUUGUAGAAAAAACUAUUCCCGCGCUAGCUAGCUCGCACGACAAAACAAACGGUGCGUGGUAGAGCGUAGUGGCUGGCGAUCUGGCAUUCACGCAACACAUUGCAACGCUUGUGGAGAUUUUCUAAAUCUCACGACUACUUUAAAAUCAAAUAAACUUAUUUUAGCAAGCGAUUUUGGUACACGGUUGCGUAAGAGAAUGGACAACCUCUCCACAAGUGAAGCGUCCCUGACGGAGAACGAAUCGUCGCAGCUGUGCACCAACCAAGACGAAUCAUCGCAGCUGUGCAUCAGCCAAGACGGUUCCGUGCUCGCAGAUCCUGGUUCUGACGUGUCUGGAGGCGAGCAUCAGGAUCAUCUGCUACAGUCUGUCCAGAUGUCUACCGCUUCAGCUCCUAUCCUUCUCUAUCCUGUUAGCGCUGACAGAGUCAUAUCUACCACCUCAACGGAUGGCAAAACUAUUUUCAAGAUUGCACCAGGCGUCCGUCUCCCUGCAGCCCCCCUGCCGAAUGUCAAGCUCCCCGCAGCGGCACCGGAGAAGGUGUCCACCUCGGAGUUCACCUACCAGACCAUCGUGUACCUGAUCGAGGCGGUGGGGCGGCGCUGGAACAUGUACGGCUCGCGGGAGCGGGCGCAGCUCUUCCACAGCGUGCAGAAGGAGCUGGAGAGCCAGGGCUACUGCCUGCCCGUGGAGAGGAUCCGCCGCAAGUGGAACAACCUCAUCGUCACCUACAAGAGGGUGAAGGACCGCAGCCGGGAGACCGGCCAGGCCAAGACCUCCUGGGAGUACUUUGAGAUGAUGGACGCCAUGCUGGGGAGCACUAUCGGCACCCAGUGCACCGCCAACUCCUCGGCGGCGCUAGUUGACAUGGCAAACGUCACCAAGGAAACGGCGGUGUUAGCGGAGCAGGCCCCGCCCAGGAGCAUGAGCACCAUGGCCAAGCCUGGCCUGCUUCCGGGGGGGCUGAUCACCACCUGCGCCCAGAUCCCCACCCUCAUCCCCUCCUCCCUCCCGCCCCCCAUCACCCUCAACACCUCCUCCAAGACCCCCAGCAACACGGACGCCCGCCACCCGGCCCCCUCCCCGUCCCGCAAGUCCCCCGCCAGGCUGGGCCGGCUGCGGGUGCGGCAGAAGCUGCGGAGGGGGCCGGCGGACACGGCGGCCUCCUUCCUGGCCCAGCAGCACAGUCACGCGGAGGAGCGCACCUCCCUCCUGCGCAGCUUCCUCACGGGGCAGGAGGAGCGUCACCGCGCGGAGGAGGAGCGAGGGAACCGCAGCGAGGCGCGCGAGAGACGACGGGAGAAGAGGGAGGGCAAGAUGGUGGACGCCAUGGGCCGCAUGGCCACGGCCCUGGAGCUGAUCUCCUCCAAGCAGGACACCAUUAUCACACUGCUGCAGAGGCUGGCAGACAGGCAGUGAG